AUGGAGAACGUAUACAAAGCCGAUCCCACGCUACUGGUGAAGCCUGCCUACUAUUCCAAUGGAGUUCCGGUUUUCGAGCCGACCAUGGACGAAUUCAGAGAUUUUUAUCUGUACAAUAAGGCUAUCAAUCGGUAUGGUAUGCAAUCCGGAAUAGUGAAAGUUAUCCCACCUCCGGAGUGGGUUGCUCUGUUGAAAGGAACAUAUACUGAAGACAAUCUUCUGCAAGUGAAGAUCAGAAACCCUAUUGUGCAAAACAUCAAUGUCACUGCUGGUUACCUGGGAGUUUUCUCUCUGCAGAACGUGGAACGUCAAAGGAGUUAUAAUAUAUUCCAAUGGAAGGAAUUGCUGAGGAAACACAAUCAUAGCCCUCCUGCUCGUCGCAAAAGUAGAGGACGGGGGAGCAGUCUGCCAAAAGCUGAGGAGACUGAAGAAACUGUGGAGAAGGACCAAAGAGCGAAGCGCUCAACUUGCAAGUCCUCUAAAGAAAUUACUGAUGAACUUUUAGAUGCUGACUUCAACAUUGAUGCCAAUGAGUUUACUCCAGAGAGAUGCAGUGAGCUUGAGGCGGUUUACUGGAAGUCAGUCGGGUACUCGGAACCCAUGUACGGUGCUGAUAUGUUGGGGUCACUAUUUUUGGACCGAACAACCAGUUGGAAUGUGGCACACCUUCCCAAUGUUCUAGACUUGAUGGAAGAGAAGAUUCCGGGUGUUAACGAUGCCUACCUUUAUGCGGGUCUCUGGAAGGCCACCUUCUCGUGGCACUUGGAGGACCAAGACUUAUAUUCAAUCAAUUACCUACAUUUUGGGGCUCCUAAGCAAUGGUACUCAAUCCCGCAGGAAGAGAGUGGUAAGUUCUAUAACCUUAUGAAGGAGAUAUUCAAUGAGGAUUAUAAGAAUUGUCGUGAGUUCUUAAGGCACAAGACAUUUAUGGCUUCGCCACAGUUCUUACAGAAGCACGGCAUUACCUGCAACAGCAUUGUCCACAACCAGGGUGAGUUCAUGAUCACGUAUCCCUAUGGUUAUCAUUCGGGCUACAAUUUAGGCUACAACCUAGCCGAGUCCGUCAAUUUCGCUUUAGACGAUUGGUUCCCGUUUGCAGAAAAAACAAACAAGUGUGAGUGUAUUUCUGACUCUGUUGGUAUCAAUCACAAACAGAUAUACUGCAAGUUCAAAGGCAUUCCUUACGUUGCCGAAGCUAAAACUCAACCAGAGAACGUUGAACCCCCUCAGAAGGUGAUGGAGACUCCAGCAGCAAGGAAACCGUCAAUCCGCAAGCGUGAGAAGAAAGAGAACAUACAGAAUCAAUGCGCUCUCUGUCCCAACACGUUGCUGAAGGAAUUACUAGAUUUUCAACCUUUUGAACUUCUUGGAACUGAUGUGGAUGCUACAAAGUCAAGUCAAGUACAUCGCAUUUGCGCUGAGCAGUUCAAGGAUCAAAUAUCCAUCCAGGGCAAGAAAGCAAAUGGACUCAAGUCUAUCAGCAAAGCACAACGUGGACUCAAGUGUCAAGUUUGUCAUGUACCAAACAUAACACUGGGCACUGCUAUUUUGGGAGCCUGCUUUCAAUGUUCCCACAACAAAUGCACCAGAGCCUUUCAUGCUACUUGUGCUAUCUCGGGUGGUGUGAUGAUGGACUCGGGCCUCUGCAAAAUGCACAGAGUAACGAAAUCACCAUUUUAUGAGAGAAGUUCGCUGGAAGCCCAAACAAUCUUAGAGACUGUUCAAAAGGAUUCGAUCAUCCAAUUCACCUUCACCAACCUCACGCGUCGUCGACACUCAGGAGAGGUUUACGCUGGACUAGUGCUUAGAAACAAUGUGAGAGAGUCCACCCUUGAGGUGCUCGUCUACCCAAAUUUGAAAGACAAAGUGGAGAUUCAGUACGACGAUAUACUUAUUGGAUCCCUGCAACACCUUGACAAUCAACAACUCAUGACAAUGCAAAAGAGGUCUACGAAGGGUAGAAGAGCUUCUGAGCCAACCACUAGAAAGAGAAAGAGAUCACCAGAGCAUGACGCUACGGAUGAGCUGCUGGCCGGCCCGGUCUCUCCUCUGGAGGUUGAGCUCAAAAUGCCUCUCAAGCUCGGCAAAUUUCAACCACCUCUUUUCGAUGCCAUCAAGUACAUGCCAGCAAAAAGAAGCAAGCGCCCUCCUAAACACGAAGACGAAAGUCUUAGUGAAGAUGUCGACGAUGACACAGAAGAGGCAAUUGCAUUGAAACCUUCCACAAAACGACCGAAGCCUGAUCUAUCUGAACAAUGGAUUGAUAAGUACGAGCCUACUAAAGUUGAAGAGAUCUGCUUGAAUCCCAGGAAGCUCAAGGAGGUCAGCGAAGCUCUUAAUGAUAUGAUCACCAAAAAGCUGAACUGUCGACUUCUCGUUUUGUCAGGUCCAGCAGGGUCCUCCAAAUCCACCUGUGCUAGGCUUCUAGCGAAGAGGAGCUUGAAUGAAAAACACACUUUUUCAGGCAAUUCCAAGCCCUCGGCUGGCACGGUCGUGGAGUACUUUGAUACAAGCAUCGAGGACGUGUACCAAAUGGAUCAAUUUCGAGAUUUCAUGGAUGGAUGCAAAUUCUUGGUAGGCACAAACCUCUCGGUGAUCAUCAUCGAAGACUUGCCUAACAUAUUUCACAAUGACACGCUUCAAGCGUUCAGAAGCUGUCUUCGUGACUGGAUCUUCCUGGAUCCCGAUGUGGACCUCCCGCCCAUCAUUCUAUGCCUCCUGGAAGUGGAGAGAGAGAACUCCGAUUCCGGUCAAAAGACCUACUACAACAUCGAGAAUAACUUAACCGUCGAAACCCUCCUAGGCAGAGAUCUUUUCAACCAGGGGGUGCUCAUGUUUCUCCCCAUAGCGAAAACGUUUAUGAAGAAAACCUUGCAUAAGAUCAUUGGCAAAGAGUCUGCUAUUUUCAGCACCAAGCCGAGGCUGGAAGUGGAGCAAUUUGUGAGUGCCACAAUAGAAACAGGAGACAUACGAUCGCUGAUAUGCAACCUACAGUUUUGGAGCAGCAAUGCGCUGAACUCAUUCGGUGAGCGUGAGAGCCAGAUAUCGCUCUUUCAUGCUGUGGGCAAGGUCAUACACUCGAGUUCAAAAUUUGCAGAGCUAGACAGUCAAGUCUCGGAUAUGCUUUCCCUCAAAAUGGUGGCCGAUGCAUACAGCAAUUUCGGACUUCUUCACCUCACACUUUUGGAGAAUUACCAGAUCGUGAAUGGCGGCGACUUUGAUGUCGAUAUUGCAGCACAAGUUGUGGAUGCCUUGAGCUUGAAUGAUACACUCGAGGACGUUGACGAAAGCAAAGAGUACGGGAUCAUGGCUACCAGGAUGAGUCUACGGCAGAUACCAGUAAAGUCGGGUCGGACACAGCCCAUGAAGUUCUCCCGACAUUUCAAAACGAUCAGAGAGUCCAACAAAGUGAAACGAGAGGUUUCAGACUAUAUUCGGUACAUCACGCGGCUCCAACUUCCCUUCCAAGAGGCCAACCAAGUCGAUGGUUGUCUCCUUCCCAAGAUCUAUAAUCUGUUUCGUUACAAGCUUCUUCACGGGCGUUCUCGGUACAAUUAUAACCGUCUUGGCGGUACUCUAGCGCAGAUAUAUGCUGACGACGAGCUACCUGUCAUGGAAAACGAAGGUGAAUACGAGGCUGGUGCUGAGGACCAGUUCAGAUGCGAUAUACGACAAAAGAUCAAGGAGGAGGACCAAGAAGAUGGUUCAGAUGACGACGAAAUGAGUGAGGAAGUGAGUGACUCCGAUGGAGAACUUGACGACACAAUAGGCGACGAUUUGGACAGCCUUCUCGGCAGUAUGCGGAAGCCUGUGGAAGAGAAUCUACUGGACGACCCCGAGCUCGACUUGCUAGUGUCGCAGGGGAUGCUAUAG